AUGUCGAGCUAUGCUCCAAUUGAUUCAAGCAACGACGAUACCGGUAGUAAAGCAGACAUCCAUGUCGACACAGAUGCGGUGAGCCAACUAACGUUGCUGAACGCGUUCGAUUCUGAUCCGGAAUACGACAUCACUGCUGUAGACAUCUGGGAUCAUCGCCGCGAGUCUUCCCUUAGCUUUGCAGCCUAUGUAAAAUUCUGCAUUAUCUUGGGGUGGAAAGAGUGUGUGCGUGUCUCAGCAUGGCUAUGGAGGAAGAGUUGGACUGCCGAGAUAUGCAGCUUCCUGUUCGCAAUAGCUUCCCUUGUUGGCCUUGUUCUUUUCCUCUCGAUCCAUCACGGACAGCCUAUACCUGAGUGGCCGCACCUCAUUACCAUCAACUCGGUCGUAUCUUUGUUUGCGCUUUGUAUGAGGAUCGGGGUAGGCGUGGUACUCGCCGAAGGUUGCAUCAGUCAAUCAAAAUGGCACUGGUUUGCCAUUCCACGAGCCCUGCAUGACAUGGAACGAUUUGACCUUGCCAGUCGUAGCGCUUUGGGCUCUUCACGUUUACUGUAUUUUUUCGCGCGGCAAGGCAUCUUCUACGUCGCCAUUGUUGGCGCCCUUGCCAUGGUUAUGGUAUCUUUGACCGGGUUUUUCUUGCAGCAACUGGUCCAAUUCGAUGAUUGUCUCCAGCCGAACAACACCAUGGUUCCCAGAGUAUCGAAAACCAACUCCUAUUCCAGAGCAGGAGCACUAGCUGCAUUCAACUUGACUACAGAAAACGAGCCUUUCAUGGGUAUGGUAGCUGCGAUUAACGUCGCAUUCUUCCAGGCUCCCGAAGAUUAUACGAAUGUGCUUUCACAAAGAUGCACAAGUGGGUUUUGCACUUUCCCGAUGAACAACGGAACAUCCUUCACCACUGUGGCUAUAAGUCACCUGUGCGAAGACCUCACAUCAAAAGUCUCCAUUUCGACGCCGUCUUUGUCUCGAAGAGGCAUAGCAUCUCUGACAGAUGAUGCCGGUGCUCUAAUCGAGCUCGACUUAGACAGCGAUACUAUCGUUACCGCACGAACAAAUCCAAGAAAACGAGAGUCUUUGUCCUCGCUGACUACGGUAUACAUAAUCAACAGGUCACUAGAUCCAAUCUCCUCGAAAUCUUCAUAUCUACGUCCAAGCUCGUCUGAUGUCGAGAUACUCAAAUGUUCUCUCUUUCCUUCCCUCAACACAUAUGGGGUCUCAAUUACUCGGUCUCUAAUAAAUGAGACCCUUAUCGAGAGCAAACCACUAGAGCCUUAUCAAACAAAAAAUUCGCAGGGCAUGAGCUAUUCCUUCCUCACGGCAUCGACGCACACUUUGCGCGAUGGAGCCCAAGAACCAUGCGUAGGAUCUGCAGCCUACGACCGCUUAUAUUUCGACUCCGAAUAUCACAAGUCAGACAUACUAGAUAAUGGAACAGUGAUUUACAACUCUUCGGCUCUUUAUUACCCGAGGGACUGUGUGUGGGGCUUCGGGGAAGCCGCUGCGACCGGUAUCCAACGUUAUUUCAACAGCAUCUUCGACAAUCAGACGCUGACGUUGACGGAUCUUAAAGAAAGCAAGUAUCGGUCAAUUCACCUACGUCAACUGUGGCAAAAUCAGACAAUGUCGUUGUCAAGGGCCGAGAAAGUCAUGAAAGACAUUGCAACGGCGAUGACAGCUGUGGUACGCACCGAGGGCUCGGAGGGUUCCAUCUGGGCUUUAGAUGGAACCAUGUUCUCUACCACAACAUGCGUGGACAUCAAAUGGCCGUGGUUAACCUUCCCGAUUGUCACCAUCGUGCUCACUGGGGUUUUCCUUGUGUUCAUGGUCUGGGAGAAUCGCGAUGUAGCGAGCGACAGGCUGUGGAAGAGCUCGGUCCUUGCAACGUUGUUCUGUGAGGUCGAGCAUGCUCGCAUGGAUGAGACCAGGACUAUAUGUAAGGAAGCGAUGAUUGAUAUGGCGAAGUCUACGAGUGUCAGUGUCGAAGGUGGAAAGGGGACGCUGAAACUUGUGGCACGUGGAUAG